AUGGGUAUUCCUACCGCCGCUAUCAUCGUCAUCGUCGUGGUCGCCUGUCUCGCCGUUGUCUCGCUCGGUGCCGCCCUCACGAAACAAUGGUUUCCCAAUCGGACAGAAGAUCAAUUCAGCCCGCCGCGCGAGCAGGGACUCUACAUGCGCUCGGUGCGAUUGAAGAACAUGGGUAGGCUUCAUAGGGAGUCGAAGGCCGUGGGGACCGGAGGGUAUCGUCAUAAUAGGAAUGGUAAUAGGGACGUGGAGGCAGGGUACUACGAGACCGGCAGUGGUUCGAGGUAUUGA